AUGGCUCCUCUCGUCCCCGUCUUCUCCGCCGACACGCUCCCCGAUCACGUCAACAUAGUGCGCCGCAAUUUCAUAGAGAAGAAGCGCAAAGGCGAACCAGUUGAUUUGAAGGAGUGUGCACUGCUAGAAAUGAUGCAGUACUCUUGCAAUCCACCUUCGGAGCAGGUUCCGCAGCCGGGAGUUAUUGUGUGCAAGCCUGUUGUGCGGCUGUUUCGACGAUGCGCUGGGGGAUUGACAGUUGAGACAACAUCGUGGGAACCAUUGAGAGAGAUUGAAGAGGCGAAGGAGAAGUUGAUAGGAUCGAAGGCAUCGUCAUAA